AUGGGGAGCCCUUUCGCCUUUGGGCACGAUGAAUUCGAUCCGUCCAACCGUUUCGUAACUUCGUGGUUUCUCCCACCCUGGGUUCUGUUCGCAUGUCGGCUGCUAUUUGGCCUCUAUGCGCUAACGACCCAGUUCGUCUCGAUCGGCACCCAGGUCGCCCGCGGCCAGUCGGACCAGGCGACGGCCGAGUUCUCGUAUUUCACCGUGCUCACGUACUGGGGCAUCGCCUUCUACCUGCUCAUCUCUGCCGUGCACACGGCUACGUACGCCGCGACCGGCCGUUCGCUGCUUUCCCGGUUCCCGCGCUCGCUCCAGGCCCUGCACUCGCUCUACUACACCACCAUCUGCGCCUACCCCAUCAUCGUCACGGUCGUCUACUGGGGCGUUCUGUACGUCGGCCCCUGGUUCAAUACAGCCUUUGCCGCCUGGAGCAACGUCAGCCGCCACGCCAUGAACUCGGGCUUCGCCCUGUUUGAGAUCUUUGUCGCCCGUACCGAUCUCCCGCCCUGGAUACACUUGUUCUGGCUCAUCAUCAUCCUCGCCCUCUACCUUUGCCUCGCCUACCUGACCCGUGCCACCAGGGGGUUUUACGUAUAUCCCUUCCUCGACCCUGCGGGAGGUGCUGGCAAGGUCGCCGCCUACGUCUGCGGCAUCGCAGUCGGCUGCGUCGUCGUCUUUUUGCUGGUGCUGGGUCUCAUCUGGUUGAGGAAGUGGGUGACGGAAAGCAAGCUCGGCAUGCGCGGCAAGUUUUCAUCUAGAGAUCGUCCAGUAAGCAGCACGACGAGCGACCCCGAGGCGGCCCACCAUGGGAAAUACGAAAGGUGA